AAAACGGGAAGCUCAAAAAUCUUGUUAAUAGAAGUGCACGUAAGCUGCUGCCCCACACCUUUCCUGAUCACUCAUUCUGCGACACUCCUAGACAAGUGGAUUUAUUUUGGGCCGGAUUAGAAACCAAAAUGGGGUGUUUUUUUUCCAAAAAAUCCAAAAGAAAGUCCGAAGGAAAAGAGGAACCUGCGCCAACGACGACGACUGUCGAAACCACCACAACAAGCAACGCGGUUCCCCUUGGCAACAACACCGAAGAGCCCCAGAAGCAGUACAGCUGGGACAAACGGGAAAAGGUCGACCCUAAGGACUUUAUGCUCACUGGGCUCAAAGAUGUGACUGUUGGGAGGCUACCUGGGAAACUGAAUGGACAACAAUUCGUAAUCCAAGAGUGUGAAAACUGCAACAUCUACGUGUUUGACCACUCCGCCACCAUUACAGUUGAUGACUGUGUGAAUUGUCGUAUCUUUCUUGGACCUGUCAAAGGUAGUGUGUUUUUGCGGGACUGUAAGGACAUCAAGUGUGUGGUGGCCUGUCAGCAGUUUAGAACCAGGGACUGUAAAAAGAUGGAGGUGUUUCUUUGCUGUGCCACUCAGCCCAUAAUUGAGUCCUCCACUGGGAUGAAGUUCAGUUGCUUCCAGUACUACUACCCAGAGCUGGCCUAUCACUUCCAAGAUGCGGGGCUCAGUAUUUUCAACAACAAUUGGAGCAAUAUUCACGACUUCACACCAGUGUCUGGGGAGAAUAAUUGGAGCUUAUUACCAGAGUCUGCAGCAGUUUCGGACUAUGUUCCUUUACCAGAUCCAGAGUCUGAGUUCAAAUCAGUUCGGAUCUUCACUGAACCGGGGCGGAGCAUUGUGCCUCUAACAAAGGGAGGCAGACGAAAAGAAAGUGAUGAGUCCUGUCUAUUUGUGUUUUUUGCUGGGGAGUACACAACUCCAAAUGCACGCAAACUCAUUGAUGAGGCUACGGCAAAAGGUUUUGUGCUCAUCCAGACCAAAGAGGUGUCAAUGCGGCCUGAAGACGUGAAGAGGGUUUUCCAGAGCAAUGCAGAGGAGCUGGUGGAGUGGAUCACCAAAGGUCCAGUCAUUGCAAUGGAGCUCAACGGGGAUGGGGUUGUUGAAGCCUGCAAGAGCAUCGCCAAUGAAGUGUUCAGUAGUACCAAGGUUUUUGUGUCUGAUAACAAAAACACUUCAUCACGGGAUGUGGACAAUUUCUUCAACUUUGCUGACAUGCAGAUGGGACUGUGAGCAACAAGUUUCAACAUGAGCCAAUCAGAUUCCUUGCAGUGUGUUCUAGUUAUUAUAGUGAUAGUAACGAACAUGACAUGUUGAUUUUUAUUAUUUCAGUUCAAUGAUAUGAAGCACACAUAGUAUAAUUUAAAAGACACUGGGUGAAACAGUUAAGCAAUUUAUUUUGCAAUUAUAGUUCAUUGUUGGAAAUUUUAUUACACAAUUUAAACAGAAGUUUGUUUUUCACUUUGUUAACUUACUUUGAAAAGAAUUUUAUUGUACUUUUCUGAAAAUGAUAAUAUAAUUGAUGUGAUGAAUGUUUAAGUAUAUAAAGGUCAUUAUGGGUUUUUUUUUGUUUUGUUGAUGCUUAAAAUGCUUGCAUUCAAAAGGCUGACCAAGAGACAUCUACAUGCUAUAAAUGACCACUCAUUCACUAAGAGUGCUGUAAUAUUUAUUUUCUAUGAAUGUAUUUUUUAUUGUACCUAAUCGUGUAAUUAAUUUAGAAUUUUGCCUGUUUUGUUUAUUAUUUUAAUGUACCAUUGCUGUUUUAACAAUGUCUGACGCAAUCUGCCUGAGGGAAAUGUUUUAUAUUUUUAAAUCAUAUUUUUACUCUUGAUUUAUUUGUAAAUGUUGUUUAGGUAAAUGCCUUUGUGUAUGUGAAUGUAAUGUGCAAGUUCUAAGUUUGUACAUGAGUUGAGUUAGGCCAAAGCUGAAGCCUGUUCAUUGCUGUUUGUUUUAGGAGAUAUGUAAAGUUUUCUAUUUCUUGGUGAUUUACGUAGUAAAUAUAUGUAACACAUUUUUUUUUACAUGUUUGUUUUGUAUAGAACAAAACGGUGUAUGUAUGGUGUAUUGCAUAAAAUACUUUUUAGUAAAAUGGAGUUGUGUCAG